UCUCCUCCCCCUCCUCCCUCCUCCCUCCUCUCCAUCUCCUCUCCUCUCGCCAGGCGCCAGGAUGGACGUCGUAAAUCAGCUGGUGGCCCAGGGUCAGUUCAGGAUCCUGAAGCUUCCUCUGGGCUUCAUCAAGGUCUUACAGUGGUUCUUCUCCAUCUUUGCAUUCUCCACCUGUGGGAGUUAUUCUGGGAUGUUUAAGGUGUCGGUGGAGUGUAAGAACCGGACGUACAGUGACCUGAGCAUCGAGGUGGAGUUUGAGUAUCCGUUCAGACUCCACCAGGUGCACUUCAACGCCCCCAACUGUAAGGACGGGGCCACGGAGCCCUGCUUCCUGGUUGGCGACUACUCUUCCUCGGCUGAGUUCUUCGUCACCAUCGGAGUCUUCGCCUUCCUCUACUCGACGGCGGCCCUCAGCAUCUAUGUCUUCUUCUUUGACAAGUACAAGGAGAACAACAAGGGCCCGUUGAUCGACCUGGGUGUGACCGGCGUGUUCGCCUUCAUGUGGCUGGUGAGCGCGGCGGCUUGGGCCAAAGGUCUGUCCGACGUGAAGACGGCGACCGACCCGGACAAGGUCAUCACUCAGAUCCCCGCCUGUGACGAGGAGUCCAACCGCUGCGGCGAAGUCCACGACCCGGUGAUGUCUGGACUCAACACCUCCGUGGCGUUCGGAUUCAUCAACCUGGUCCUGUGGGUGGGAAACCUCUGGUUCGUGUUCAAAGAGACGGGCAUCAUCGCUCCCUUCAUGCGGGCUCCGCCUCCUCAGGAGAAGCCGGCUGCACCCGAUGCCUAUGGCCAGCAGGGAGCCUACGAACAGGACCCGUACGCUAGCAACCAGGGAGGCUACCAGCCCGACUACAGCCAGCAAGGAUACAACCAGGAGCCGGAGUAUGGCCAGCAGGGGGCGCCCACCUCCUUCUCCAAUCAGAUGUGAGCUGACAGGAAGCGGAAAGUGUUGGAGUGAACAACAGUGGGUCGCCUGCAAGCUACCCACAAUGCAACACUCUCUGUCUAAUGGGUGGGGUGGGUGAGGGGGGGUUAGAUGUUCGAUAUAAUGAAUCAAUGUGUAAAUGAUUAAAAGUUCUAAAUCCACAACUUGAACAAAAGAACGACAGAAACCUUGUGAACCAGCGACGACGUCGAUUCUUCUUCUGAGCGUCACCUGUGGACAGAAUGUAUGUUUGUGUUGUACAGAUAACUUCUAUAGUCUGAGCCGCUUCCUCUAUUCAAUACAAUGACGUGGCCCCGCCCCCUCGUAUAUGCCCCGCCUCCUCAUAUAUGCCCCACCUUCCACGUCAACAAACUACGUUGGCGGCUGUAAAUCAUGAAGUGGUUCAGACUGGGUUCACACUGGCACAAAUCUGAUCCAGAAUGUAGGGAUGUUUGAUACCAGCGAUUUCCUUUCAGAUCCGAUACCGAGUAACAUUCAGGCUGGUAUCGGCAACACUGACCCGAUACCUUGUGUAAAUACGUCCUAAUGUGUCUGGUAAAUGUAACAAACAGUUGUGUAUCAGAAACCAUAGCGUCAUAAAGACAAUAACACAUCAGUGACUGAUUUAAUUAUUUUAAAAUUAGCUUCUAAUUAUUUAUUUUAAAGGACACAAUCGCACAACAUGUGAACACGGUGUUUCAGACACUAACAAAAGUAAAGUAAUAAGACUAUGAAAAUAAAUGAUUGUAUAAUUAUUAAGAACUAGUAUAGAAAUGAAAACUUGCAUCUUAGUUCUGUCCUCAUCAUAAAUGUCUCUGUUGUGGUUUAACCUGAGUUUGUGUUUUACAAGUUUUGUUGUGUUGCCACAGCUGAAUAGUUUAGUUCCUGUGUUUCUGUUGUGUUCCUGUUCAUGAUGAUACAUUACCCAGUAUGACUGAAGUAUCAACAGUGUCAAUAUCUUGAUCUGAGAAUCGAUUUUAGAGCAUGAACAUUUGGUAUCGAUCCGUACAUCCAGAGUGAAACUGGAUUAAAGGGGCGUCUCAAAAACGUUCAUUUCGUCUUUAACAUGAAUAAUAGCACUGAUUCUUUUAACAAGACAAAAAGGAAUAAGUAAGAGUUUUAAAUGUGUCCAAUGCUAACGUCUCGUCCAGUGUUGGAUGUUUGUCUUGCUGCAUGUAGACAUCCAUGUAGGAAGUGACGUCACUCUGGACGCGGUGAAUCCAGUCUGGACUUGAGCUUCAUGGAGGAAACUGAAUCCAAAAUGGCUGCUGGUUGUUAGCAUCGUUCCUGCUACAGAAACGCCCUCAAACCUUUCAGUUGUUUCUGUAACGACACCAGAAACAAAUAGACAACAGGUCACUGAAGCUAAUGCAUGCUAGCACAUUCAGUAUGCUAACACACUGAACACAUUUCACCAACUUAAGGUUAGGUCAACUCUAGCAGACUAGGCUAGUAUCUGCUAACGUAGCUAGUUUUAGCUGACUAGGCUAGUGUCUGCUAACGUAGCUAGUUUUAGCUGACUAGCCUAGUGUUUGCUUACUGGAGCCAGAGGAACGACUUUCUUGAUCAAAAAUGUUUGACCACUUCCUGCCUCAUCAGCUGAUGGCGACGUUUCUGUCAACAAACGUCUUCUCAGCUCUCGGCCAAUCAGAAGCUGGAACAUUCUGGGUUUUAAAAAACAAAAAGAAAAUAAGACAUGAUGCUUUUUCCUCUUCCUCUUCUUCCUGUUUCUCUUCCUCCACUUCCUCUGCAUGGUGAUGUGUUUUCUACUCAUGUUGUUCAGUAACUGAUGAUCAGUGUGAUUCUACUUCCUGUUUCCUGUACAGGUGUGUGUGCUCAUUGCCUGCCCAUACUCUUCCUCUCCCUCCUCCUCUUCCUCACUCUGUCGUUCUUCUCGUUGUUCUCCUCUUCCUCCUCGUUGACGUAAACCUCCGGUGUGAUGAUAUUCUACUCAGCAUCAGUAACCAUGGCGCCAGUGUUGACAGUGAUAAUGAUGAUGUGUGUGUGACUUGUUGCUAUGGAGACCCUCCCCCUGCUGUGUUAAUUCAAUGGAAAGUUUCAAUAAACAACAAAUGUCUCA